ACAUAGAACUCUUUGAACAAGGUAGUGCCAUGUCUUGUUUAAGUAUACAACAUUGUGGAAUCUUUAUCCUCGGUAUCCUGAUUCGGUUCUCUUCAAGUAUAGAAAUUCGCCAAAUUACGUUCAACAUUCCCGUCAAAAAUAUGAAGCUCACAAACCAUGAAAUAGCCUACCUCAGGGUAGGAUCACAAGAUGUUUGUAUGGAAGCAUGUUUUUUGGACCCCAACUGCGUCUCGAUAAAUUACUAUCCCACACUUGAAGAAAGUUAUGAAAACUGUGAGCUGAGCUCCUCCGAUGAUUAUUUGUGCCCUGAAGACUUUGUUUUUAGCAAAGGAACUGUAUAUUUUGGUAUCCAGAAUCAAUGCCACGGUGCCAAGUGCUAUGAACAAAACAUGACAUGUCAAUCAGGCUUCCCUCCUGAAGGCUACAAGUGCGUCGCCCCUUUGUGCUAUGAAGGCCCUUUGGGAAUGGAAGACAAAAGAAUCCCUGAUUCAUCUAUCUCAGCUUCGUCUGAGUACGGAAAAGGAACUUACUUAGCUAAGAAUGGACGGUUGAGAUCAAAGUGUAAUAAAUGCGUUUGGGCGGCAGAGGAAAACAAAGUAGGAGAGUUUUUGCAGGUUGAUCUUGGCCACAAAAUGGUUCUAACCAAAGUACAAACACAAGGCAAUGUGUGGAUGAAGGACCAAAAGGAUGAGUGGGUGACCGAGUACUACAUCGCUUAUAGCCAAGACCGUAACCACUGGCAAAACUACACCAAAGAUGGAAACCUUACAAUUUUCGAUGGCAAUAAUGACGGUUACAAUGUAGUCACCAACGAUUUUAAUCCUUUCAUUAGAGCUCGUCAUGUUCGUAUUGUUGCUUUGGAUUGGAAAGGUCACAUCACGUUAAGUGCCGAACUGUACGGAUGUAAACCACCUUGAACCUCUGUUAACUAAGCUGUCGUCCGCCAUGUUGGAGGUCAGGAACAAUAAAAUAUUCUUUUUUAAGAAAAGAGUUCAGUUCCUCAGAAGAAAUUAUCUUUGUUUCGUCUUCGAAAAUGGUUACCUCUAAGCAGCCAUUCAUUUCUUUUAUAAAUAACAGAGAUUUCAUGUUUUUUAUAGAGCAGAUAAUCUGGUUCCUGUCCUCCAACAUGGCGGUCUAGCACGAGGCAAAAACCGGCUGUCAUAUAAUAAUAGAGUUUAGCUAAAAAGUUUGAUUAACUAGAAGGAUUUCUAAACACAAGUUAUGAUAUUCUUACAUGUCUUCUUCAAGGCUGCCAUGUAUUGCUGGAUUUUCAUCGCAUGAUAAAGGUCUUUGAAUCUCAUUAUUUGCUCCAAAUGGCGUUCAAACACUGACCGAGCUGAUGAGCACUCUGCGCAAGACAGGAAAUGAAGUCAUAGUAAAGCCAACGUCCGAAAUAUGCUUCGCUUGUCACGCACAUAGCUUUCAGAACGAGGCUACGUGCUAAAUUAAGUUUAGUCUUUUUUCUGUUGUCACGAAUCACUGAGCACUAUGCACUAUGCCUCGAAGCCUAACAAUGAAACCUUCUUCCUUAAUCUGUUUGUUCCACCACCUAUAAUAACAUGAAAAAUUUGCUCAGCCAAUGAGAAGAGCAAACCCUCUAUCUUGGCUUUGAAAAAAGGCGGGAUUUUUCCCACGCACGCGUCAGAAAAGUCGUGGGAAAAACGCUAGAGAACGGAAGUCAUAAUCUUUAAAAAGUACAAGCCAAUUUUUUAAAGAUUUUAUAACACAUAAAAACUAAAGACACGGUUUACCCACAGAUAGAAUUAGAAUUUUGCAUGCGUUUUUGGAGAAAGAUAGGAAAACUGGAGAACCAUGAGAAAAACCCUCGAUUCGAGGGAGCGAUUAAGACCUGACAAACUUUACUGUGGACGCUGGAGUCUGGGAAUCAAACGGGUAGAAAAACGGGUUCUACCUUCAACUUUUGUGCGUUAAUAAGCUUUAUAUUUCAUAAACAGGCUCUUUUGGGGCGGAUUAACAAAAUACCAAAAUUUGGGGAAAUUUAAGGGAUGCUUAUUUGAGAUAUAACGCCCUGAACAUAUUUUGAU